CGCGGGGCGGGGCGGAGCCUACCCGGGAGCGCCGGGUGCGGCGUGCCUCGUGCGCCCCGCAGCUGCAGAGCCUUGGGUUCCGUGCGCGGACCUCGGGUCCCUAACGUCCCCGGCCCGGUGUAGGGAGCUGCAGCCCCAGAGGUCCCAACUGCGUUCCAGAGCCCGAGAGCAGAUGCCCUGGCCGAAAACGCAGCCAGAGCUUCAGCUGGGGCUGCCAAGGUCCGGAAGAUCCGAGCCUCUGCAGAGACGAUGCAGGGCGAGCCUGAGCAUCUCCAUCCUCAGUUUCUCCACUUGCUGCAGCGCCACAGCGCCUGGUAGCGGGCACUUCAGCCAAAGGCUACUGGAGCAGUAGGGAUUUUAAAGAAGCCUUUGUCAGCACUGGCACACGCUUUGUCAGACUGGAACCACUAUCGGCGUCUGUGUAGAGUUGAACCUUUCGGCUAGAGCCUGCGAGGGAACAGUUCAGAGGCAGCAGAAACUGCCUGGAAUUGGAAAAACGGAAUUCUUUCCGACCCACCUCUAAAGAAUAAAGAGAAGUUGAAAAAGGAAACUGAAGCAAUUAUCUAGAGACAAGACAUUAAUGUCCCCAGGAGUUUAUAAGAGGUUACUGUCCCCAGGCCCUUUCCUCUGUUUUUGUGACUGGACCUUGGAUAAGGCCGAAGAAGGGAAGUGGACUUCCCCUUCUGUUGAAGUUGGGUUCUCUUUGUGAUCUGGACUACAGAACUCUUAAGAUGACUGGCAGAAUAGCAGCAAAUUAAACUGAAUGCUCAUCCCCAGCCCCCAACAAACAAAAACAUGGAACUUUGAAGGUGAAAGUGGCAUGGUGUUGGCCAUGGGUCAUCAAGACACAGCCGGACAAUGUGGACCAAUUUCCUCAAACUACGAGUCUUCUGCUAUCUGUUUGUGGUGCUAAUGGUGGUGGUGUUGGUCGUCAAUGUCACUCAGGUGGAGUACUUGGACCAUGAGACGGCAUCAGAGACAUUCAUCGACAGCAGCGGACAGUACGUUUCCUCGCAGGCUACAGGCAUUAGUCGGAAUGCCUACUGUGGCUAUGAGCACCAGACGCUGUCUGACCGGGAACGCUUAGAGGAGGAGGCCUUGCUUGCCGCCUCCAAGUGGAAGGUGCCUGACGUGGACCUGGUCCCGUUUGUGAGGAGCACCGACCCUUCCUCCAGCUACUUUGUCAUCUUGAAUUCUGCAGCCUUCUUCAGGGUGGGCAGCCAGCUGGAGGUGCUGGUUCAUGUGCAAGAUUUUCGAGGGAAGCCCAAAAAGUAUGGAGGAGACUACCUGCAGGCCAGAAUACACUCGCCCAAGCUGCAGGCCGGAGCCAUGGGCCGAGUGGUAGACUACCAGAAUGGAUUUUACAAAGUGUUUUUUACUUUGCUCUGGCCAGGCAGAGUCAGGGUGUCCGUCUCUCUGGUUCACCCCAGUGAAGGGAUCAGAGUUCUGCAGCGCCUGCAGGAAGAGAAGCCAGACAGGGUCUAUUUCAAGAGUCUCUUCCGAUCGGGAAGGAUUUCUGAAACAAUGAAGUGCAAUGUGUGCCUCCCGGGAGGUCUCCCCCUGUGCAACUUUACGGAUCUUUACACCGGAGAGCCCUGGUUCUGCUUCAAACCAAAGAAACUCCCCUGCCGCAGCCGGAUCAACCACUUCAAGGGCGGAUACACGAAGGGCCUUCUCACUGCGGCCGAAAGUGCUUUCUUCCAGAGUGGUGUGAAUAUCAAGAUGCCAAUCAACUCCAGUGGACCUGACUGGGUGACUGUGAUUUCCAGGCGAAUGAAAGAAACUGAUGACCUAGAAGUAUCUCAAAGCUCAGGAAUUUUUCCUUCCGGAUAUUUCUACAAAAACCAGUGGAGGCCCAGGAGGUUCAAGAUGCGCCACUUUAAUGACCCUGACAACAUUACGGAAUGCUUGCAAGGAAAAAUGGUGUAUUUAUUCGGUGACUCGACAAUCAGGCAGUGGUUUGAAUACCUCACGGCGUUCGUCCCAGAUUUAGUGGAGUUCAAUUUGGGUAGUCCCAAGAACGUUGGUCCCUUCCUUGCAGUGGACCAGAAACACAACAUCUUGCUCAAAUAUCGCUGUCACGGCCCACCCAUCCGAUUCACGAGCGUCUUAAGUAAUGAGCUCCAUUAUGUGGCCAAUGAACUGAACAGGAUCGUGGGAGGGAAGAACACAGUGGUGGCCAUCGCUGUAUGGUCUCACUUUAGCACAUUCCCCUUGGAAGUCUACAUCCGGAGGCUCAGGAACAUCAGACGAGCCGUGGUCCAACUCCUGGAUCGAAGUCCUAAGACCGUGGUUGUCAUUCGGACAGGCAAUGCCCAAGAGCUGGGGCCUGAGGUGAGCCUUUACAACAGUGACUGGUACAACUUUCAGCUGGACACUGUCCUUCGGAGGAUGUUUUCAGGGGUUGGAGUCUACCUUGUUGAUGCCUGGGAAAUGACGUUGGCUCAUCAUCUACCCCACAAACUGCAUCCAGAUGAAGUGAUUGUGAAGAACCAGCUGGACGUGUUCCUAUCUUACAUAUGCCCUUUGGAGACGUAGUUAUCCUCGAGUACACUGGAACAAUCCCAUUCACGGACCUUUCCAACUGACAUGCAGUGGUAGAAGAUCUGUGAUUGACUCCAUUGUGAAAUGGAUACUCUCAACUUGUUUGACUUUUCAGAACAGAGCUGUGCUUUGCAUCAUGACCAGUAAUGAACUUAGGCAGUGUAGACUGCAUUUGUAGCUACCUAUAGGAUCUUUCUGUCUUGACUUAGCCAUCCUAGUGAUCUAACUUAGGGCAUCUACACACUGUAUUGCCUUUGUAACCAAAGAUGCUAACGAGUGGUUAAGAGCUAGCUUCUCCUGGGGUGGAGGUGACUGUGCCGAGGUGUUUUGAUUUAAGCGGAAGGGAUAGGUUUGGUUGGCAGUGCUACUGAACACUCAUGAAUAGCACAGUGCUCCUUCCUCAGGAGUAGAGCGGGAUUAUUAUUGCUAGAGGUUCCUGUGGCCACAAUGAAGACUGCCGUAUCUCAGGAGUUUCUAUUGACUUAUUUAUUUAUUUUUCUCAAUUACUUGUAAAGGCCAAUGUGAGUGGUCAGAAUUUUAUAUGAUGAUAUUAACAAUUUCCUGCCUUUAUGUGGGAAGAAGCAAAAGGAAAGAGCACACAAUCUCUGCUUUCAAUUGGUAUGGGCACUGGAGAAUUAUUUCUUACUUGGUUCAGCUGAAUUUUAUGUGAUGGAUUCUUAUUCUAGAAUAACCACUUUUGGAAACAAAUAUGUAAAUAGAAGUUUAUUUUUAUGUUCCGAAGCUUGUGGGUUUUAAGAACUGACUUUUAUGUCAAGAAUGCCGCUGACUCUUAUAAAAAUUGUUAGAGUUUCUCGCCUCAGCAGUUCCAAAUGUUUCUCUUUGCUUUUGGCUGUCAUGAAAUAUAUGCUGAAAUCAGACAUGAAACCAGAUCAGAAGUUAAUAAAAUUAGGUAUUAAAAUCUA